UUUAUAGCUCUUAUCGUCAUGUUCGGGGUAUGAAAUACACAUUGCCUUAUAAUUUCAGUUUCAACCUGUUUGUUCCGUUACGCUUUAUAAGCACAUUCAUUUAUCAAGAAAUGCAUUUGAUUCUUACACCUGAGCAGGAUUUCUAAACUAACAUGUCCAAACUGACCAGUGAAUGUGAUGACAUGGACAUUGACAGUGGUGUCAGUGACGUGACAGAAACUGAAAGCUUAAGAAGUGUCACCUCCGACUCCACUAUCAUAGGUUCACCACCUUCAAGUGUAAUGGGCGAUUCAGAAGUACGUGGCGCUGAGAUUCACUAUACCCUUAUAAAUGAUGCAGGGUCAAACAGUUCUGUGGUUAGUCCAGAUAGUGGAAUAGGAAGUGGAUCAGGAAGUGGAAAUGGAAUGAAACUUGGUGAGCCCUUGCCUUUUGAGCGAAAAGACCCACAGACGAGUACCCAAGAAUGGGUUGAAAGGCAUUUUGAGGUGUUCGUGAAAACUCUGGAAGGUAAAACUGUGACCAUACAAGUUGAAGAGCAUGAAGAAGUCACAAGCUUCAGGAAGAAAGUUCAGGAGAAGACAAACGUGGAUGAAAGUCAGCAGUAUCUUCACACAGCCGAAGGGAGGAAACUGGAAGACGGAGAAAGACUCAGCAAAUACAAUAUUCAGAAACAUUCCACCAUUUUCUGUCAGGGUAGACUCAGGGGAGGAGAAUCUUCUUAGAGAUGAAAGUCACUUCAACAUCGUCUCCAAGUAAUUAAAUGCAUUAGUUACUGGUAAUUAAUAAAAUUUGUUUGAAAAAGAAAAAAA